CCUUUGUCACGGCCCGCCAUCUUGGAUUACGUCAUUGAAUAUUUUACAUGAGGUCGAGGCCACGCGUGGUAAGUUCACAAACAAAAUGGCGACUAGUAGCGAUAGCGUUGAACUCGAAUUUUGGCACAAAAAUAUAACAAAAAUACCCAAAGUUACAAACUCUUUUGUUGAGGAUUUUGCUGAGAAGAACCUACCGAUCAAAGCCACUGUAACAAGAGGAUAUAAAUUCUUUCACGAAGAAUAUAUUCACGAUAUUGAAGUAAAACUUUGCAAGGAAGAGGAUUCAGGAGUAGUGGCUCGGGCUAAAUGCUUCAGAAGUAUGAAAAAGAACGAAGAUCCUCACAAGUUGUCUGUUGUGUUCGAGAGCUCCUCUAUUGAGGCUAGCAUCAACAAGUAUAUGUGUAGUUGUGCUGCUGGACAAGGUCUUUGCCAUCAUGUUCUUGGAUUGCUCUAUACUCUUGCCCAUUUCCAGCUAUUAGGCUUAAAAAGUGUCCCGCCAAUGGUUUCUAAAACAUCAAAGGCACAGAGAUGGCAUAUCCCCAGUCGUAAAGAGGGCAUUAAAGCAAGGCCAGUGACAGAUUUGAUUAUACAAAAGUCAAAGCCAAAAGAUAAAUUGCAUGAACCUAAAAAGAAGAGAAAGGUGUGUGGUGUGGCAAGCACGAUCUACAAACCCUUCCAGCAAUCAUUAAGUAGCCUUGACUUGACUAGUGUGCUGUCGCCACAGUUUGAAAAUCUCAACAAUCAACCUGGAUUUAUGAGAAUAUGGGAAGAUGAACAAAGUGAGCCUCCAAUUUUAGUAGACUCGGCCUUUGGAAAGGUGCCAAAAGGCUGUGUCAUAAGCUAUCAACAGCCAUUGAAAGUUAAGAGCAAUAUUAACAUACAGCUACCUGCAUUCAACUUUCCAUCUUUAAGCUAUCCAGAUACAGUGCUCAAUGAAAAACAAGACCUUUUCUUCAGCUCCCUUGCAAUAUCAGGUCAACAGUCUAUUGACUUUGAAAUGGAGACAAGGGAACAGUCAACUACAACAGCAUGGCAUGAACUAAGGAAGUUUAGGCUUACAGCUUCAAAUUUCAAAGAUAUAUGCUCAAGAAGAAAAGACCAUGAAAUCCUUUCUACGCGUUUACUAAAGGGAAAAGUAAUCCAAACUGCAGCCAUGAAAUAUGGGAUACAAAAUGAGGGGGUAGCUGCUGAUAUGUACAAAACACAGUUUGGCAGAGACACUCACCUAGUAGGUUUUCUUAUAAACCCAUGUCUCCCACACCUAGGCUGUAGCCCAGACAGAAGAGUGUUUGACGACACUGAACAACAUCCAUGGGGCCUGAUAGAAAUAAAGUGCUCUCCAGCAAGUCAUCUGGAUAACCUUCAGUAUUUAAAGUUUAAUGAACGAAAUGGGUCAUAUUCAUUGAAGAAGACACACAAGUAUUAUUAUCAAGUUAUGGGAUGCCUUGGUUUAACAGGAAGUCAGUGGUGCGAUUUCUUUGUUUACUGCAAGGACGAAUUUCACUGUGAACGAGUAUAUUUUGAUGAACUUCUCUUUUCUGAAAUGCUGGACAAACUGAAUUUAUUUUUUUUUGAUUAUCACCUGAAUACAUGUGUUCAAUAAUUUAUUGUAUGUCUCUUAUACAAAAUAACUUCGUGCCUAAGUAACAAGCUAAUUGUGUGUGACAAAGUUUGGUGGGAAGUGGAGUAAAGACAUUUGAAUCAGCAUUCUUAAAAUGUUAAAAUAUUACAAGUCAAACCUAAUUAGACUCAGAACUUGUUCUAGUAAUUAUCAUUACACAGCUGUUUGCAGAAAUUAUUGCCACAAAUUUAAAAACAUUGGGUUCAUGAUUGGUAAUUUAAUAGUUUUUGUAUUUUUUCCAAAAAUACAAUACUUAUGAUAAUUCAGUUUCAUUUAAGCCUAUAUGUCUGUAAUAUAUUGUAAGCGCCAUAAUUUUUACAAACAGCUGUACAUAUUUCAUUGUUUAUCAUGCAUUCAAAUACUGUGACUAAGUUGGGUGUAUUUCAAGCCAUUUAAUAGUUUUUUACUGUUAUUAAACAGAACAUUCUGUACAAACAUGAUAAAUAAAAAUACAUGAAUGACUUCAA